CAUCAUCAUUGGCAUUUUGCCUGUUUGAUAAGGUGAAAUCCACGCGUGUUUUCCCCGCAAGGAAAGUGAAAUCUGCGCACGCUUUAAAUGCGCCUCUGCAGCUCUGCUUAAUCACAGGAGUAGCUUAGUUUGUUUCUAUAAGGACACUUGCAGCUUCUUGAAAAAUGCUCCACAGACUUGUCUUUGCGUGUGCGCUCGUGUCUCUGGCCGGCGCAGGAUUCUCUCUGCGCUGCAGAUGGCUGGAUCACAAAUUCAAACAGUUCAGUGACACCUCAUUGGAUCUGCUGGAGAAGAUGGUAAAUAACGCUACAAACAGCACUGAGGGGGAUGCUACAGAAGACAUCGAGGUGGACUUCCCUCAUCAUCUGUACAGACAGGCAUCUAAAGAAUCAGCUGAGAAUCAAGUUGCCUUCACGGUCCAGGUUCUGAAGGAAGUGUCUGCCCUGUUUGAGGAGGACAGUUCCUCUGCAUCAUGGCAGCAGAUCACAGUGGAGAAGUUUCUCGGAGUGGUGAACAGACAGGCUGAUGAGCUUCACUCAUGUGUGUCCGAAAGCCUCGUCCACAAGAAGAACAGAAAGCUGCGCAUGUAUUUCAAGAGGCUGUUGGAUCACAUCCUGAACAAACAGGGUUACAGUGCUGAAGCCUGGGAGACCAUCAGGAAGGAAACUAAAGCUCAUUUACUGAGAGCACAGCGGCUACUUUCCCCUUUAAUCUCCUCCAAAUGAAGUCUGUCUCAAAUGUUAAAACAAGAUGUGAAAAAAUCAAUA